AGAUGUCAAUUGUCAAACUAUAAUUUGUAAAUGAAAUGAAGGUAGUGAAAUGAAAUAGGUAUAAUCUUAUUGUUUUUAUGUUGUGUCUAAGAAUAAAACACAGGAAUAAAAUGAAUUAAGUGUAUAAUAACGAAAGUAUAGUAGUGUGAAGAUGUAAGAUUUAACUUGAUGGAAAACCUGAGAAGAAAUAUAGUGCGUUAGGCAUGUUAGUUUCGCUCUGUAAUUCAACACCAAAAUGAAAAGAUUUAUAAUCAUAUUAAUACUCUCGUUAUUCUGCGAGGUAUAUUCAACGCACAUAAAGGGUGACUUUUCUACUGAUGAAUUUUUCAAGUUCUUGGUUAAGUUUGGUUUCCAAAAAACUGAUAUUCACAAUCAAAAAGAAACAUAUGGUUAUAUAUUUGGGAACAUAACGUCCAAAGAAAAGUUCAAAUAUCCGAUAACAUUCGCCGUUUUAGAUAGAAAACAUUUUAUACAUUACUACAAAAGCCGCGAUAUUUUUGAUAAGGAAACUGCCUGUCAAUUUAUGUUCCAAAAUCUCAAUGCAUCAGCCUAUCAUCCAAAAUGCAAUGCGUACGGACAAGAUUUAUUCAGGAGGAUUCCAUGUCCUAAAAAUCAACUGUGUGUGGAUGAAGAUAUGUCAUGGAAUGUAAUAAAAAACAAUCAAUUUACAUAUGUUAUUCAAAACAGUGGACAGCCAAGAUUCUGGUAUGUUUCAAUGGUAGCAUGUUACCUAGAUGAAGUGUCUUGCACGUGGCAUCACUACUCAGGGGCUCCGUCAUUGGAUAACAAAACAUUAACUGAGAAGCCUCAAGUUAUUAAUUAUGACUUUUGGCUUGUAAAUGGCAGCCCAAAUCUUUCAUUCUACAACACAAUGUUGUAUCAGUUUUCAUUUGAUAGACAAAAUACACUGGAGCUGUAUUUGUUAUUUUGGAUCUGCUAUAUUAUUUUGGUUCCUGUCCAGAUAUAUGCAGUCAGAACACAAAGACAUCCGGUAACAAAGCUGUUCACAUCGAGUCUGGUUUUGGAGUUCAUUGCGCUAUGCUUCAAUGUGCUCCACACAGUGAAGUUUGCUGCUGAUGGUGUGGGCUUCCCUGGCCUCGCUGUCUCGGGAGAUAUAUUUGACAUUAUGAGCAGGACCCUCUUCAUGCUUCUUUUACUUCUUUUGGCAAAAGGAUGGGCUGUGACAAGACUGGAGCUUACAUACAAACCUUUAGUGUUUGGUGUGUGGAUGGUUUACGGGAUUGUUCAUGUUUUACUGUAUGUUUGGAAUACUACUGAAGUCGAUAUAAUAGAAGAGAUAGACGAAUACCAAACAUGGCCGGGCUGGCUUGUGUUAACAUUGCGAGUUGCCAUCAUGACGUGGUUUGUGUUAGAGCUGCGAAACACAAUGAUGUAUGAACACAACAUGCCCAAGCUCAAUUUCCUCCUACAUUUCGGCGCGUCGAGCCUGGUUUGGUUCGUGUAUCUGCCAAUUAUAGCGUUGAUAGCGCUACAAAUUAGCCCGUUGUGGCGAUUUAAAUUUAUAUUAGGUAUAACAUACUCCGCCGACUGUUUGGCGUUCUGCGUAAUGGCUCACCUUUUGUGGCCGACGCGAUCUGAGCAGUAUUUAUUGUUGGCACCUCCUGAUUAUACAGCGGGCAUCGAAGAGUUAGACGAAUUUAGCGAGUCUCCUCACGUAGUUCACAGCGACACGGUGGCUCUCACGGCCGCUGAGAGUGUGAACGCGGACGAUGAAGAAGUUAUAUUUACACGACCACACAAAAACGGCAUGGCGUUCUCAUAGCAAUGCCCAUAGACAACAACAACAAAUGUCAAAAACUUAGGCAAAUCAUAGACAAUUUUGUCGAUGUAACUUUUUUAUGCGUUUUUAACGGCUAUGGUAGCUAUAUAUUAAAAUGUCAUAGAGAGUCGAGAAGACAAGGUAAUAUUUUAACGAUUUUAAUAAAUGCGGAUUUGGAAUGGAUUGUAAAAAUGUA